AUGGCGCCAGAUCUGAACACGAUAGGCAGCGGCAAGCAAUGGGACUACUCAACGCCUGGUUCUGGCGGCUACAGCGUCCCAGACAUCGUCUAUAAUGACCCUUCGUCUCGAAAGCUCAAGGUGCUUACUAUUGGAGCCGGCUUGUCUGGCAUUCAAAUGGCAUACCAGAUACAGAAACACACGCAGAAUGUCGAACACGUCAUCUACGAGAAGAAUGCUACUCUAGGAGGAACAUGGCUCGAAAACAGGUAUCCAGGUUGUGCUUGCGACAUCCCGUCGCAUGCCUACACCCUCAACUUCGCCCUCAACCCAGACUGGCCGCGCUUCUUCUCCUACGCACCAGACAUCCAAAAGUACCUCGAAAAGGUCUGCGACGUAUUCGACCUGCGCAAGUACAUGACCUUCAACACCGAAGCCGUACGAGCCGAAUGGCAAGACGACGUCGGCAAGUGGAAGGUCACGCUCCGCCAGACGUCAUCUUCCGGUGAAGAACGAGAGUUCGAAGAGGAAUGCGAUCUUCUUCUCUACGCUUCCGGCAUCUUGAACAACUACAAGUGGCCAGGUAUCAAAGGCAUCAACAGCUUCAAGGGUCGCAUCGUCCACACCGCGACAUGGCCGAAAGAUUAUCAAAGUGAGCAGUGGAGGGAUGAUCGCGUGGCUGUCAUUGGAUCUGGUGCUUCUUCCAUUCAGACCGUACCGACUAUGCAACCCCAUGUAAAGCACAUGGAUAUCUUCGUCCGAACCGGAGUUUGGUUCGUCCAAAUCGCGAACAACUACGGCCAGAAUAAGGAGUACUCGCAAGAAGAGCGCGAUGAGUUUCGGAAAGAUCCGCGCAAGCUCGUUGCGCAUGCCAAAGAUAUCGAGAACCAGGUCAACGGGUUGUGGGGCGCGUUCUACGCCGGGAGUGAAGCGCAGAAGGGUGCGCAAGAGCUGUUCAGAGAGAGGAUGAAGGAGUUCCUCAAGGACGAACGACUCUUGGAGGGAUUUACCCCGAAGUUCGAGGUUGGCUGCCGUCGCAUCACCCCAGGCGACCCUUACAUGAAAGCCAUCCAAGAGCCCAACGUCUCCGUCCACUUCACCGCCGUAAACGAAAUUACCGAAACCGGCGUCAUCGGCGUCGACGGCAUCGAGCGCCCCGUCGACACCAUCGUCUGCGCCACCGGCUUCGACGUAACCUACCGCCCCCGCUUCCCCAUCAUCGGCCGCAACGGCGUCGACCUCUACGAAAAAUGGAAACACGAGCCCAAAGGCUACCUCGGUCUCGCCUGCCCCGACAUGCCCAAUUGGCUCAUAUUCGUCGGCCCAACCUGGCCGGUCGAAAACGGGUCCGUCACCGGCCCCCUCCUCGCCGUCGCAGAAUACACCAUCCAAAUCAUCAAAAAGAUGCAACGCGACCACAUCAAAUCCUGGGUCCCCCGCCAAUCCAUCACCGACGCCUUCAACGCCCACGCCCAGGAAUGGAUCAAACACACCGUCUGGAAAGGCCCAUGCAGAUCCUGGUACAAGAACAACGAUACGGGGCGGGUCAACGCCGUGUGGCCCGGUUCCUCGAACCAGUAUGCUGAGGUUAUCGAGACGCCGAGGUAUGAAGACUUUGAGAUUGAGUAUAUGCAUGAGAAUCCUUGGGCAAGUCUGGGUAUGGGGUAUGCGAUGAGGAAUAAGUUGUUUCCCGAGGCGGAUGUUAGUCCGUAUUUGGCGGUGGAGAAUAUUGAUCCGGUGUGGUUGAAGGCGGUUGGGUAUGAGGGGGCGGCGGGGGUGGUGGAGAGGGUGAGGGAGAGGAGGGAGGGGGUUGAGGUUGAGAGGACGGGGGUGGAUGGGGGGGUUGGGGGUGGGGAUGGGAAUACGCUGACAUGA